AUGUUGAUUUUCAAGAGAUUAAUUGUUUGGCUGAUUUUAUGCGGGUUUACUCUAUUGCAGUUCUCACUCUAUGUUCCAAGCUUCUCGUGUGCGCUUUCUCCGGGGGUGCCAACAUGUGCAGAGCAAUUCAGCUUCACCGUUGUUGGUGGUUCAAAAAUGACUAGAGAAUUGAUUGGCAGUAUCAAAGAGCUUUUGAAAUUAAUAUCUUAUUUGGCCAUAGAUUUGGGAUGGUCGAGCGAUCUAGCCGAUUCGAGCAUGUACGAUGACGAAAAUCUAGUUAAUACGUUCAACGCAGAGAACAUUUACAAGGUGAACUAUUUCAGCUAUUGUAAAAAAACUGAUGGGAAGAAAAUGUAUUGCGUUCGAAAUGGCGGUAAUGGUAUGGAUGUAAUUACAGUACUGGUCAGAGAUGUCGGAAUUCAACUCGGCAAUAUUUCACCAUUACACGUCAAUGACACAGAGAUUUUAGGUGACUCGUUGGUCAUAAGCUACCACUUAGCAUUGACCUCGAUAAGAAAAUUCAUCAAGGGCGACCGUUCCAGAGAUAAUGCUUUCUUCAAUACAUUUCUUCGCGUGAACCCAGAAGAUGCUCCACAAGAAAAGACAAACACAUCUCUGUACAGUAAAGGUGUCGAAAUAUUACAUUGUCUUCGGUUGUUCAACCAGUUGCUCUUUUUUUUGCAAACUUCAGAAAUCAUAGUCAGUUUUUCUUUCUUCCUGGCUGUGCUGGGAUUUGGAGUCGUUUUGACCUUUCUUAAAAGGCAGUGUAUAUUGCCUGCAAUUCUCAAACUGAUGUGCUCCUUACUAGUCUCUGUCGCAGCAAUAUCUUUAUUUUGCACAAUAAUUUAUUUGCUACUACUUAAGUCUUUGGAGCCGUCAAGUAAUAGUACCACAGCACCCACGGGAUGGGAAUUAUUAGAACUGCAUGUGGGCAAAGGUUUUGUGAUUAGUUGUGUCAGAUUGGCAAUCCAACUCUUCCUAUUACCUUUCACAAUCAUCAUAGCAAAUCACUACACUAUGAAAGAGCCCAAAAAGCCCGUAUUGGAAUCUAAAAGCGCUUGUUUCAACGCGGAUGAAGCAUGA